ACAGAUCCAGCCACUCAACUCCAAGCAUGUCAGAAUCAUGUGCAUUCUCCCAGCACAAGAAAGGAAAGGGGGGAAAGAAACCAGUGAUCGAUUUUUAACAAAAGAAGCAGAGCACUGAAAGGCAGACUUUAACAGCACAACUACCUGCUGGAAGGAAAAAAAAAAAAAAAAAGAAAGGAAAAAAAAGAGUUCUUUUUCCUCUCCAAAGCACUGCCUUUGAUGUACGGCAACUGAUCACUGAUCAGAUUACAGGCAUUUGGUCUCAGUGCUCGUCUGCCUUUGAUCUGCAUGGUUAAUUUUAUUUUCCCAGAUUUGGAGUUUCGUCUGGGCUUGUGCUGACAUACUUCUUCUUCUUCUUUUUUUUUUUUUAAGGAGGUAAAAGCAUUUAAUGCAGAAGCUCUGGCAGUGUGAAAUUAAGUUGCAGAAAGCCUGGGCACUGGGAGACUUCACCACAUAACAGAGGGGUAAAGGUUUAAUUGUAAGAAAUGGAUCCUAAAGGAUUACAAGGAGAAGACAAAUUGAAGAUGCUUAUAAUCUUACUUGCAUAUUUGCUAAGUAGGGUAAUUUGUGAGACUGGAGAUUGCAGAGAACAAGAAUUUAGGGACCACGCUGGGAACUGUAUUCUCUGCAAACAGUGUGGACCAGGAAUGGAACUCUCAAAGGAAUGCGGCUUUGGAUAUGGGGAGGAUGCACAGUGCAUGACUUGCAGGCCAAACAGAUUCAAGGAAGACUGGGGCUUUCAGAAGUGCAAGCCUUGUCUGGAUUGUGCUCUAGUUAACCGCUUUCAGAAGGCCAACUGUUCUGCCACCAGCAAUGCACUAUGUGGAGACUGUUUACCGGGGUUUUAUAGGAAGACCAAGCUUGGAGGCUUUCAAGACAUGGAGUGUGUUCCCUGUGGUGAUCCUCCUCCUCCCUAUGAACCCCACUGUACCACCAAAGUAAACCUUGUGAAGAUCCCAUCAACUGCUUCCAGUCCUCGAGACACUGCUCUAGCAGCAGUUAUAUGCAGUGCACUUGCAACAGUGCUCUUGGCUCUUCUUAUUCUUUGUGUUAUCUAUUGCAAGAGGCAGUUUAUGGAGAAGAAACCAAGCUGGUCUCUGAGAUCACAAGACAUUCAUUACAGUGGCUCUGAAUUGUCUUGUUUUGAUAGACCACGGCUAAAUGAAUACGACCACAGAACGUGCUGCCAGUGCCAGAGAAGCACGUCACAGACCUGUGGGCCUGUUCAUUUGAUUCCUUCACUGUGUUGUGAUGAAACCUGUAGCAUGGAACACAGCAGUCACAGUUGUGCUUUGCAAUCACAGACUACACUUAAUGAAAGGACUUCUGACUCUGUUGGAGAAAUGAUUCCUGCCUUCCUUGGUUCUCUUUCACACUCUGCUUGUGGAGACAUUUCAGAUGCUUGGCCUCUGAUGCAAAACUCAGCUUGUUGUGACAGCAUUUCUUUCUGUGAAUCAUAUUCAGAACUGGCUGGGGUUGCUGCAAAAUCCUGCAGUCUGGAGACUGAAAAUGAAACUGCCAUUGAGUCAGAUAAUAACCAGGAGCUAAGUGAUGUACUUACUUCAGCAAAGUCUCCUGAUGGAAACAUUGCAAAGUCCUUUGAAAUCUCCAAGCAUAGAACAUAUAUAGAAGUUUCAUCACUUCAGAACUCAGCUGCUGCUGAAUCCCAGCCAAAUACAAAGUGUAAUGGAACAGCAGAUGACUCUACAGACUGAUAAAGAGGAAAGCAAGGAAUUUCUCUCAGCACUAAAAUGUUAUGUUCUCCUAAUGCUCAUCCGCUGAUUGUCAUCAAAUACAGCCCAGUCUUCAGUGUCACUCAGUUUCAAAAUCAGCUGGAAAAUAAUGGCAUCAUUUCAUACAUUCUAAGCAGUUGCAUCUGAGCCGUAACAGCUGUAAAGUGAAACUUCAAGGAGCAUCCUAGGAGAACCCUGAGAGUGGAUUUAUGAACAUUUGUGUCUCCUAUUAAAAAUGAACCUUUUAGUCCCUAAGAUUCUCGAGAAGUCCAAUGGAGUGAGCAUACAUUGUAUGUAAAUAUAUCAAGAAAUACAAAUACGUUAAUGUGUUUACAUGGUUACCUUAAAUAUGGCUGCAGAUGUGAGAAGGCCUGGGACAAGACUUUGCCAGUUACUCUGCUUGCAGAUUUAUGCAUGCAUUUGAAAUUGUUUUCUGAUUCCAGUUCUUAACUCAGUUUCCUGCUGUUGAAGGACUUAAAAAUAAAACAUUUCUAUUUAUGUGAGGAUCAUCUGUUGAUAAACUGAAGCUGUUGUUAUAUACUACCUUGUAGUCAAUAAGCGAGUCUGGGGAGUUAGAAAACUGUGGAUUCCGCAGCCAUUUUUCCCUAGCAUAGUUUUAACUUCUGUGAGUAAUCCCUGUAACCUCUACUGGCUCACUGCGUUCGACAGGCUCCAGCCUGCUAGUUGUGACCUCUAGCAGUCAUUCUGUAGAAAUUCCCGAUGUGCCUUGACAAAAGCAAAGCAAUCAGCAAAACAAAUGCAAUUUUGCAUUAAAUAUUACUCAUCUUUCUGCACGUGGUUUGUAUGGCAAUGGAAAUGAUGAGACAGUCAUGUUCCAUAACAGAAAGAGACUUCUUCUUUGAAGAACCCGGUGGAAGAUUAACACUGUACAAUGGUUAGGCUGAGUAUAGGCAGCCAAAAUCAAUGAGAUUAUUAACGUGUGCAAAAACUGUUGAUUAACAGUUCUCAAAUUCAAGCCAAAGGGAAGAAACUACAUAAGGGGUUUAUCUUAAUCAAUAAGUACUCCUACUUGAUCUCUUAUGUAGAAUAGUACUCAGUUAUACAAGGAAUAUAAUUACACAACUAAAUACUGAAAAGUGUAUAUUCAGAUAAGAAUAGUUUUGAAUAAAUUCUUUGGAUACUUUCACACAUUUAAGUGUUGAAAUAUUAUUUUUCACCCAGUGUGCAUGAAGAGAUGUGUGCUUCUUUGUAAAUACUUAUAAAUAGAACAAAAAACCAAUGUGCAUUUCAUUACACGGAAAGAUCUUUUUAGAACAUGUGGAUUUUUCACUUCUCAUUAAUAGCAGUUCUUUAAAAUGCUGUGUUCCAAACUUUUGCCAGCAUCUGUCACAGUACGUAUGUUUUCCCAUUGCAAUUUACACUUCGUAUAAUGUUUUUGUCCGGCAACUCCAGAUAGAAGGACUCAUCUUCACAUGAGUGACAGAUGGCUUCGGAGCAGAGUGGGAGGAAGAAUGAAAAGAGUGCUUUUCAAAUAUGUGUAUAUUGUGUAUAUAUUUCUUUCCUUAAUUUAACCAAAUUGGUCUUUUUUAUAUUGCCUGUGGCAAGCAAUGUUGUACAUGCCAAUAGAAAACAUACACUACCACCGCAUUUUGACUGCCCACAUAUCACAUCUAAGGACUUACAGUGCUGUUUUUAAUGGUCUUUUAAAAAUGUAAAUUAAAACCUUGUAUAAACUGCUUUGUAAUACUUUUUUUGUUUUUUACUUGUGAAUAAAACAUUACUUGAAUCGUU